AUGUUCAAUGGAAUUGGACUACAGCCACCAAAAGGGUCGGCCACUAAUGGAUACAUUGAAGCCAACAAAUUCUUGAUAAACCGAAACUUUAUCCAAGAGACUAUUAAUGACAUUAGCGAUGGAGUAAUACGCAAGAAACCAAUAAACAAUGACAUUCUUGAGCAUGAUCGCAAGAGAAGGCUUCGUCUUCAGAUUGCUUUGCUCCAAGAAAUUCUUGCCGAACGAGAUUCUAGUGAUCCGAAUCUUGACCAAACCGAUAAGAAGCUUGACGAAACUCGGAAGGUUGAUAAGAAUGUCCGGCUUGCUUUGCUUGCUGAACAAGUUUCUAAUGAUCCUUAUGAGAUUGAUAAAUAUUUUGAUAAAAUCUCAAAGAAGCUUGAGGAAGCUGGGAAGAUUUUGAAAGGGGAUAGUCAAAAUUUACUUUUAUAUACUAAUAUUUAG